AUGGCUGACGCGCGCCUCCGCCGCGUCCAGAAGGAGAUCAAGGCGUGCCAGGUCGACAAGCACAGUCAGAUUUCGAUUGAGAUGGUGGACGACAACCCGUUCCACCUCAUCGGUGCUUUCCCAGGACCAGCCGACACGCCGUACGAGGGCGGAUACUAUGAGAUUGACAUCGUCAUUCCCGACGGCUACCCAUUCGAGGCUGUCAAGAUGAAGUUCAUCACCAAGGUGUACCACCCAAAUGUGUCCUCGGCGAGCGGCGCGAUCUGCCUCGACAUUUUGAAGGACAAGUGGUCUCCAGUCCUCACGCUCAAGUCGACCCUCAUCUCACUCCAAUCCCUCCUUUGCUCGCCUGAACCCAAUGACCCCCAAGAUGCCGAAGUGGCCAAGCACUUCCUCUCCUCACGUGAGAGCUUCAACGCAACCGCACGGUACUGGGCGCAGACGUACGCUCAGGCCCCAAACCGCCCUUCCGGAACCGCCUCCGACGCCGAGCUGGCCGGGCUUAGCGAGGCGAGCGUGCGCAAGUUUACCGACAUGGGCUUUGACCGCACAACUGUGAUUGCCACCCUCAAGCGCUUGAAUUAUCGCGGCAACAACAUCACGAACAUCAACGAGAACACGGUGAGUCUGAUCCUUCUCCCUGCGGUUGGCCGUGUCGACCGAGGUGGCGUGAACACUCGCAGCACCUAG